AUAGGGGUUUUCUGCUAUAUAACCCUAGCUAGUAGAUACUUUCCACAAACAAAUCAUCACCACCCACGUGUCUCGACAUUAACCUCCUAAACUCUGACAACCGUUAGAUCUUUACCACUUACAAACAAAUCCACUUUUUUAAAAAUAUUUUGAUUCCAUCAUUUCUAUCUAAUUUUCCUCCCUUUGCAACAAAACAAAAUAUUCGACUGUGCCUUUUUUCUCAUCCAAACAAUUUUAGAAGAAAAAAAAAAUCGAUUGCGAAUUUUUCAUUUUUCACACUCUCGUCGGAACCCUAAUUGAAUUUGUCAGAAGUCGAAUCUACCGAUGAGUGUGCGAUUGAGGAAUUUGUGAGAUCAAAAGGGCUGGAUUUCAUCGCCGGAUGGAGGGAGGUAGCGUCUCUACACUUACUUCUACUGGGAUUCAUCCAUGGAUUAUGAUGACAGUGAUUUUGAAAACCAGAAUCUCCAUUUAGCCGGUGAAGGGAGCGCCAAGUUUCCUCCAGUAUUAAGACCAUACGCUCUCCCUAAGUUUGAUUUUGACGAAAGCCUUCAAGGUAAUUUAAGAUUUGAUAGUUUGGUUGAAACUGAAGUUUUUCUUGGCAUUGAAAGUAACGAAGAUAACCAGUGGAUUGACGCAUUCUCCCGUGGGGGUAGUAGCAUAGAGUUCAAUUCAACCACCGCUGGAUCUUGCUCUAUAUCAAGGUAUGGCAACGUGUGGUCUGAGGCCACUUCCUCAGAGUCUGUUGAAAUGCUCUUGAAAUCUGUUGGACAGGGGGAGUAUAUUCCUAGACAAACUGUUAUUCAGGAAUCGGAUGCUUUUGAUGAACUGGCCUGCUUAGCUAAGCAAAUGGACUCCAAUCCAAAACCUGAUGAUAGAAAUGAAUUUAAAGAUAAUGUUACAGAUUUGCAUCCACCUGAUGGUACUCAUACAAGUUUUUCUGAACUGAAGAAGCAUGUAGGAAUGGAGCAGUCUCAGACUGGAAUUCCCCAAAGUCACGGAGGUGAAUUAUCCAUCGACGGAAGUUCAGGUAUUCUGGAACCAAAUGAUGUGUUCCGAAACAUUGACUUACCUAUGCCUGGGGGUAGUCCAACUAUAUUUACCGAUGAUAAAAGUAACAUUACUAACCAAAGGGAAGUUGAGAUUGUGGCUGAUGAAUCGGAUCGCGGCAAAGUUCAUGAGACAUCAGCACUUGUGGUGGAAACUAAUAUUACCGAAUCAUCUAUGCAAAAUAUGGUUGAUGAGAAUCAAGGUCCUCAGCUAACACAAACUAAUAAUCAAAAUUUGGAAUCUUCUAUGACAAAGGAAGAAACUGUUGUAGAGACACAAACUCUGGAUCAUAAUGCAGUUGAUUUUGAUGAACAUCGUCCGGAUAAAUACCUUUUUUCAGUACCCCCACAAGAUUCUUUGGAAGAAGGGAGUGUAGUUAAAGGACCUGAGACCGGGUUAAGUAGUUUAGAGGAUUCCAUGGGAAUGGGAACUGUUGCAGUUUCUGACACGCAGAAAGAAGAAAGACGCAGUGAAGAUACAUGCACAUCGCUGAAGGUUUCAGUUAAAGAUGAUUCUGUCUAUGACGGGCAGGUGGUUGAGGCUAGCAAUUCCAUAACUGGAAUUGCUCCAAAUCUCCAGCAAACUGUGGAUGUCAUUGAGAAGAAAACGUCCAGUGUGAGCAAUGUUCUUAAGGAAACCGAGUUAUUGAACACUGGUGGUGACCACAUGGAUACAGGGAUUUUAUCUAACAAGGCAGAUGUAUCAACAUUUCCUGCAGAGGAAAACAGCAUUUCUGUUGUUAGUGAAGGAAAUGAUGACAACAGGGUUGGCGGAGGUUUUCCCGGUUUCAGUUUGGUGGCUUGUUCAACAAACUCUUCCAUUGUGGGCGAGUCAACUCAAAUAUGUGUAAACAAUGAAGCUGAUAGGCAAAGUGACAUAGAAAAGUUUGACCAAGAUAUUUCUGUCAAUGAAGAGAAUACAAAGAUUCUUUCUGAUUCUAGCCAAAUGCAUUCCGAUGUUGCCCAAUCCCAUCUUGGUGAUAAGGCAGUUGUUUCAUCACCUCUUAGUGCAGGUAGUAUGGAAUCUGAAUUGACAACUUCCCCUGUAUCAAUCGACGUCAAACCUGUCAGUAAUUCAGCUUCACAAGUUAUUUCAGAAAACAUUAGUUUGACAUCCUGUGAGGUAAUGAAUGAUCCACCUCCUAGUGAAGUUGUUUCAAUUCACGGAGCCACUGGCGACAACGAUAUUCAAAGGGUAACAACUGUUGAAUCAUCUUAUGCCGAGGGAAAAGAAGAAAAUGCAACGGAAACAACAAAGGAAGCUGGAAUAUCUGCUCUUGCCGGGUCUUCUGAACAGGAAACUGCUCCUUGUCCUGUUAAGGAAACAGAAAAACUUCAUCCUUCUGAUACUUCUGGACAUUUGAUGGGUGACAUGGCAAGUGACAGUAUUCAUGAUAUUGGGACUCAUGGUGUCGCAAAAAUUGGGGAACCGCAAAGAGCAAUAGAUGAGAAGGUUACCCAGGACUGCACAGAAGAGAUUAGUAUACCUCCAGUUCUAUGUGAAUCAUCAGAGAAACAGGGUGAUGGUGUCACAAUUUCCGUCAUUAAGGAUGACAAGGAAACGUUACAGGAGAUUCAUGACAAGUCGUCCUCAAAAGAAUUAGGUGACAUUUUACCAGGGAACAAAGAUUCCAUAUCUUCUGCUCCUUUGUCCGACUCUUGUGUUGAGUUGCCUGAGACUGGAAGCUGUCCUGCCAAUAGUAUAUGCAGUCCCUCUAGUACAUUCAGAAUCCCUUCACAAACUGAAAAAUAUGUGAAUCGAGGUAAGGUUUCUGAUAAUCAGAACACCCCAGCAUCUGAGUUAAAAAACAGUGGCACACAUAAUACGUUGCCUACUGCUCAAGUUCUAAAGAGGAAUACUGCAUCUAAAGAUGAGAGAAGCUCAACUCCCGAGGUAAACUUUGUGGUUGUUGAUUUAUCCAAAAAGGACACUGCAAAUCUCGCUACAAGUGUUGGCAAGAGACAAUCAACCCCUGUUAUCGCAACCAGCUUAUCACCAAUAGCUUUCGGGGAAUCUCCUUCAACUUCUGGGCUAGGUCCUUCAACAACCAAACCUGUAGCAAAUAUCCCCCAUGGAACUCCACAAAUAUCAGAUGCAGAAGUAGCUUUAAGUGCUUCUAAAGCUACGCCAAAACGGAAAGCUAGGCAAUCGUCUAAUAAGGCAGUUGGAAAGGAAUCUGCUAGAAGAGGAGGUCGUGUGAAAAAUGCAAGUCCUGCUAGACAGUCUGAAAAAGGUGAUAAAUCAACCAAAGUUUCCCUCAGCCCAUCUCCUGGUUUCAAGCUGAUGCAAUCAAAUGAAGUGCAACAGUAUGGUCAUGUUGAUUCCAAUAGUGCAAAGGCAUUUUCUCUUGUAAAUACUUCAACGUCUAGCCUUCCAGAUUUGAACACUUCUGUUUCUCCACCCCUCCUGUUUAAUCAGCCUUUCACAGAUCUGCAACAAGUGCAAUUGCGUGCACAGAUCUUGGUCUAUGGAACAUUAAUUCAAGGCAUAACACCGGAUGAGGCACAUAUGAUAUCAGCUUAUGGGGGGACAGAUGGUGGAAGGAACCUUUGGGAGACUGUCUGGCGUGUCUGCAUGGAAAGACAGCGUAGUCAAAAAUCUCAUCCCAUUACCCCAGAAACACCUCUACAAUCACGAUCUGUUGCCAGAACAUCUGAUUCGACAGUUAAGCAAAGUGCACUUCAAGGGAAAGGUAUCUCUUCACCUCUUGGUAGAGCUAGCAGCAAGGCUACUCCAACUAUUGCCAACCCCUUAAUACCUCUGUCAUCUCCUCUUUGGAGUCUACCAACUCUCUCUUGCGAUUCCCUUCAAUCUAGUGCUCUUGCAAGAGGUUCUGUUGUGGAUUAUUCCCAGGCACUUACUCCAUUGCAUCCUUAUCAAUCUCCACCUCCGAGAAGUUUUCUUGGGCAUAACACAUCCUGGAUAUCCCAAGCCCCCCUUCGUGGACCAUGGAUUGGUUCUCCAGCACCUGACAACAGCACCCAUCUUUCUGCAUCAUCUGCCUCAGAUACAAUUAUGUCAGGUUCAGUCAAGGGAUCUUCUUUGCCUCCUUCCUCAAGCAUAAAAAAUGUUACUCCUGGUCCUCCUGCCUCCAGUGCAGGCUUUCAAAGUACUUUUGUUGGGACUGCUUCUCAGCUUGAUGCAACCAAUGUGACAGUAUCACCGGCUCAGCAUUCUUCAGAUCCGAAGCCCAAAAAGAGGAAAAAGGUUGUGCCAUCUGAGGAUCUUGGUCAGAAGCAGCCUUUGCAGUCUCUGACUCCAGCUGUCGGUAGCCAUGCAUCUACUUCCGUUGCUGUUGCGACCCCUGUUGGCAAUGUGCCGAUAUCUAGUGCUGAAAAAUCUUUUGUGUCUGUAUCUCUAGCUGAUCAACCCAAAAAUGAUCAGAGUGUUGAGAAGAGGAUUCUGUCAGAUGAGUCUCUUAUGAAAGUUAAGGAGGCUAGGAUACAUGCAGAGGAAGCUUCUGCUCAUUCUGCUGCUGCAGUGAAUCAUAGCCUGGAGUUAUGGAAUCAAUUGGAUAAGCAUAAAAAUUCUGGAUUUAUGUCAGAUAUUGAGGCCAAAUUAGCUUCUGCAGCAGUGGCAGUUGCAGCUGCUGCAGCUGUUGCAAAGGCAGCAGCCGCCGCUGCUAACGUUGCAUCAAAUGCUGCAUUUCAAGCAAAAUUGAUGGCUGAUGAAGCUUUGAUUUCAUCUGGCUAUGAAAAUUCCAGCCAAAGUAACAAAAUUUUCCUUUCUGAGGGUACUAGUAACCCAGGACAAGCUACGCCUGCUUCCAUUUUGAAGGGUGCUAAUGGCCCCAAUAGCCCUGGUUCUUUCAUUGUUGCUGCAAAGGAAGCUAUUAGGAGGAGAGUGGAAGCAGCUUCAGCUGCCACCAAAAGAGCUGAAAAUAUGGAUGCCAUUUUAAAGGCUGCUGAGCUUGCAGCAGAGGCUGUAUCUCAAGCAGGAAAGAUCGUAACUAUGGGUGAUCCUUUGCCAUUAAUUCAGUUGAUAGAAGCUGGCCCAGAAGGAUUAUGGAAAGCAUCCCGAGAGUCUUCUCGGGAAGUUGGAUUAUUGAAAGACAUGACCAGAGAUCUGGUGAACAUAGACAUUGUCAGAGAUAUUCCCGAAACUUCUCAUGUACAAAACAGAGACGUCUCAUCUAGUGGAAUUUCAGCUUCUAUCAUGAUCAAUGAAAAGAAUUCAAGAGGACAAAAGGCUCACAAUGUUUCUGAUAUAGUCAUGCCUGUUGACAUGGUUCCUGGAACUGGAUCUGAGCCUGAAAUACAGGCUCCUUUCUCUGUUAGUAAUGGAUCUGAAAAUCUUGAUGAAAAUAAAUUCAAGGAGGGCUCACUUGUUGAGGUCUUCAAAGAUGAGGAAGGUUAUAAAGCUGCAUGGUUCGUAGCCAAUAUUUUAAGCUUGAAAGAUGGCAAAGCUUAUGUAUGCUACAAUUCACUUUUAACUUUUGAAGGGCCUUUAAAGGAAUGGGUGUCACUUGAAUGUGAAGGAGACAAACCACCCAGAAUACGCACUGCUCGCCCUAGUUUGCAACAUGAAGGAACAAGAAAGAGACGCAGAGCAGCUAUGGGAGAUUAUGCAUGGUCUGUCGGGGAUAGGGUUGAUGCAUGGAUACAAGAAAGCUGGCGUGAAGGAGUAAUCACAGAGAAGAAUAAGAAAGAUGAAACAACUUUAACUGUCCACAUUCAUGCUAGUGGAGAAACAACUGUUCUUAGAGCUUGGCAUCUCCGUCCAUCCCUUAUUUGGAAGGAUGGGCAAUGGCUUGAAUUUUCCAAGGUGGGAGCAAAUGACGAUUCUACGCAUAAGGGUGAUACACCGCAAGAAAAGCGACCAAAGUUGGGUAGUAAUGCAGUAGAGGUGAAAGGGAAAGACAAGAUGUCAAAAAAUAUUGAUGCUGCAGAGUCAGCAAAUCCUGAUGAGAUGAACUUGCUUAAUUUGACUGAAAAUGAGAAAGUGUUUAACAUUGGUAAGAGCAGCACAAAUGAAAGUAAACAGGAUGCACAGAGAAUGGUGAGAUCUGGUCUUCAAAAAGAAGGGUCAAGAGUUAUUUUUGGAGUUCCUAAACCUGGGAAGAAAAGGAAAUUUAUGGAUGUAAGCAAGCACUAUGUUGCACAUGAGAGCAGCAAGGCUAAUGAUAAAAAUGGUUCGGGUAAAAUUUCAAAUUUUUCAAUGCCUCAAGGUUCAGAACUCCGAGGAUGGAGAAAUAGUUCCAAAAAUGAUACUAAGGAGAAACUUGGAGCUGACCCCAAGCCCAAGACUAAAUUUGGAAAACCACCACAGGGUGUUUUGGGUAGAGUGAACCCACCAAGAAACACUUCUGUAUCCAAUACAGAAACGGCCAAGGGUUCUUCAAAUCAUUUCAAGAAUGCUUCACAGAGUGAAAGUCAGGCAGAGGUAGCAACCAACACUACAACCGAUGGAGUGACACAAGUACCAAUGGUAUUUUCAUCACUAGCAACUUCAACAGAUACUCGUCCUACUAAGAGGACAUUCGCAUCAAGAGCAAGUAAGGGAAAACUUGCACCUGCCAGUAAGCUGCGAAAGGGUGGUGGGGGAAAGGCUUUAAAUGACAAACCCACAAAAUCAACAUCUGAAUCUGAUGUACUUGAGCCCCGAAGAUCCAAUCGUAGGAUCCAGCCAACUUCCAGACUAUUAGAAGGAUUACAGAGCUCUUUGAUAGUCUCAAAGAUUCCUUCGAGUUCUCAUAAUCGUAAUAUACCUAAAGGUAAUCAGGGUUGACUGGAAGAAGUUUGCAAUGGCGUACAGUUAUUAGAUGACCGACAUACCCAGCAUAGAUUUGUAUAUUUAUUUAUUUUAUAAUAGGGAAAACCUAGGAAUGGAAAUUCUUGUUUUCUUUGUUUUAGGCAGAGACUAUAGCUCAAUAGAUGGUUGGUCAUAUUGAUUUAGUAAUAUUAUUAUUUAAAUGUGAUUUGAUCCUUUAGUCUUAUGGCACUGUAGGCUGUGCUGUAUAUGAAAGUUGCCAUGUUUGUAGAUGUUGAUCAAAUUUAUGCGUGAUUCGUCUCACGCCUUCUGGCUAUUUAUCGACUUCCAUCCGCUCGAA